CUUGGAGAGCUGCUGCUGCCCAAGGUGGAGAAAGGCUGCUCUACACUGACCGGCAGCAGCAGCAGCUGCUCUCCAUGGCCUCAGGCGGGGAGCGUCUCUCCUGCCCCGGGGGGAGCGAAGCGGGGGCCUUCUGCACGCAAGGCAGGUGCGCUGCCACUGGACGGCGGCCUUUAGGCUAGCGGGGGGGGGGGACCCAGUUUUCCCACCCCACGCCUUCCGGAGGCGGGGGAGUCGUUUAAUGGCGGACUGGCGGUCGGAAAGGGAUACCUGCCUUUCCAGUCACUGGCUCAACCGGCUGCCGUCCUGGUGCCGCCGUCGCGGUUCCCGAGGCGAGCGGGGCAGCCGUCUUUCCUCCGGCGCCGUCGGAAGGCCUCCCUGGGGGCGGGGGCUGCGGGCUCGAGGCCUCCUCCUCCUCUCGCUCCACCCCGACGCCUCCUUCAUUAAAACCCGGACGAUCCCCCUCCUCCUCCUCCCCCGGCGGCGCAGAGCGAGGGCUGCGGGCGGAGCCUUCGCCUGAGGCGGGAAGGCGGCUUGGCGCGCGGGGCCCCCCUUGCCUCUCUCCCUCCCUCAGGAAGGGCCUACCUACGGAGCCCAGCGGCGCCUGAGGAGAAGCCGACACCCGCCCCGCCGCAGAGAACCGCGUCUCCCGCCCCCGAAAGCGGCCCGGAAGGCUCUCGAGGCGGCGGCGGCGGCGGCGGCGGCGUUGGGUUGUUUUAGGCCCCGCCUCGGCUGCGUCGGGAGGAGGAGCGGGAGGAGCUGGCUUCGACCAGGGCGCGCCCGCCCGCCCGCCAGCCAGAGACUGAGGUGCCGCCCGCCGCCUCACCGCCCGCCGCCGGCCCGGGAGCUGCAGGGAGGCAGGCGCAGGCCGCGUCGAGCUGCGUCCCCGUCCCCCUCCUCCUCUUCCCCGCGCGCCGCUCCUGGCCCUUCCUCAGCAGGUGAGACGGGCCCGGCCUGCCCUCCCUCCCUUUCCCGGUCGCGCCUCGAGUUGGCCCCAGCCCGGCGGCGGGGGGUGGGGGGGUGGGACCCGGGCGAGGCUGCAGGCGGGGUGGCCGCCCUGCGCCCGGGGGAAAUAAUACUGGUGGUGGGGCGGCCUAGUGGUCGAGGGCGUGCAGGCGGCUGUCCUUCUCUCCGCCUCGGAAGGCCGAAGGGCUUUUCUCUGCCCGGUUCCCGCCCUUGCGCCUCUGCGGGGGCUCCCUCUCGCCCCGCGGGGUGGUUGUGUAUUGGGGGGGGGUUCUGGGGGCUGCUGGGCUCGCCUUCAGCAAAGGGGCUGCUGACUUUUGGGGGGUCCCGGGAAGCGUCUCGCCUUUCGGCCAUUGUCUCUCCGCAGUGCUGAACUGGUUGGGGCGGAGGGUCUUCCUGGGCUUCGGAGGCCGGUCUCCCGUUUGGGGCCGGGGGCUUUCCUAAGAACAAAGAGAGCGGACUCUGCUGGAUCGGGCUCGGGGCCCCGCCGAGGUCAGGCUCCUGUUUCCCGCAGGUGCUUCCAGGAAUCUCGCGGCCGACCUGCGUGUGAAAGUGUACACGCAACACACACACACACCUGACUGUCUGUCAUGUGUACCAGGUAGUGCUUGGUGCACUAGCUCUGAACACACAACUUCCGUUAACCUGCGGUGGUUAAAGAACUGUUGCUGGAUCCCUCCAUCCCCCACGAAUUAGCGUAAUCUCUUUCACAAAGCCAUCUAAGCCACUUGACUGCUUAAUGUUCUGAGGCUAAAUUCCUUCAAUAUAAAGUCAGCUUUCCGGGUCCCUUCUUGAGACUAAGGCAUAAUUUGUCCAGAGCAUCCGGGGGGAGUUGCUCCCCUUCCACCCAUUACCCCCCUUUUAUGCUGCAUUGUUGUUGACAAGAUCCAGACUACUGCUGUACUGCUUGCUGAAAUACUCGGGUAUUGAGGACAGGAUUAGAAGCAGGAGCUUAGAUGGCCUCCCUCCUCUGUGGAUAAAUGUUCCACUCCUGAGUCUGUAGGGAAGCGGAGCUUCUUGAAGAGUGCUGGGUGUGUCAUUAGGCUUCGUUAGGCUGCUGCACUCAAGCCAAAGUCAUCAUGAGAAAGGCAUUUUCAAAUGCAAGCGUUUUCAAAGUUUACAGGAAUACUUAAGGAUUUCAUAUACUUACUGUACUUGCUGACAUUAGACAUGUAAUUUGGAAAUCUGUUCAUUUAUACAAAGUGAGCCAUCCUAAGCGCAGGAAACCUACUCUGUAGAUUCUGGAAUUUGUACUGCUAAGUAGGCGAAUUUAUCAUAAGAAGUUAUAUGGGUGAAUAUCCUACAUACCUUAAUUUAGUUGAAUUGCCUUGAAUGCAGCUUUAAUGCUCUUUCCCAUUGCUGAAAGGACCUUGGGAUACAAGACUUGCUGAGCAUAAAUUAGCUGUAUGUAAGACAUUCUGAGUACAGAGCUUAGGAGAGUGCUUAAUUACUGAUGUAAUUUCAGUGUGACUCCAUUGUUUGCAUUCAUCCUUUACUAAUUUUUUUUUUUUGUUAUACUUGAGACGCUGAUAUAUCAUUUAGUUUGAAUACUAAGUUUUCUAAGUGUCUACAUUCCCCCUUCCUUAACUGGGUCAAAGGAAAAAAAUAUUGAUUCCUUCUAUAUCUAAAUUCUCAUAUGCUUUGAAAACAUUUGCAUAACUCCAUUUCAAGCUAGUGAAUUUUGUCUGUAGCUAAGUGUGUUUGCAAAUUCUAAAUUACAUAUGCCUUGUAGAGUCUGUUGGAUUAGUAAAACACUUCUAGCAGCAGAUGCUUGGGAAGUGAAAACAGCAGCCACAACCAGCACCUGACCACUGGUACUUGCUUUCAAAACGUUCAAGAACUUUUAACAGUAGAGUAUGCCCAGUUGUAGAAACUCAGAUAUAUAAGCUAAUCGCCAAAUGGCACCUUAAACCUAGGUUACGGUUGCCACAACAGAAUAUCUAGGUACCCUUUUUAUGAGUUUACAACUCAUUAAAACAUAAAAGAAAACAAUCCAAAAGAAAACAAAGUCAGGCUUCAAGGGAAAUAUUUCAGAUCCUUCUCCAACUGACAUUUUGCUUUCCCCAUAUUUAUUUACCCAUUUAUUUUAUAUAGCUGUCUCAUAGCAGAAGUACGGUACUCUAGGAAGCCAGUGUGUUGUAAUGGUUUAGAGUGCUAGACUAGGACCUGAGAGAUCAAUGUUCAAAUCCCCCCUCAGUCAUGAAGCUCACUGGGUGAUCUUGGGCCAGUCACAGCCUCUUAACCUACCUCACAGGAUUGUUGUAGGGAUUAACUGGGGCAGGAGGUGAACCAUGGAAUCCUUUGAAAAAGGGUGGGAUAUAAAUAGAAUAAAUAAGUUCUGCUUACCUGCUUAAGAAAGCUUGGGGGGGGCAGCCAGGUGGAGAUGUCAGUCAUCAACUUGGCAUCCAGAGAUCUCCACAUGGUCACAAUUGGACCCAUGCCAGUAGCAAAAUGCGCCUUGCUAAUUUCUAACACUGAAUGCCCCUACUUAAAUGUGUAGCUAUGGGCAUAUUCGGAGUGUGUUUCUAUUUUUGGAUUGAAGUCAGUCAUGUACCAGAAAAUUCAGGUCACACAGUUAGUUGAUUUGAUGCUCUUCUGAAACAAACUUGCCCCCUCUGCUCCCCUCCCAAAAAAACCCCACAAAUUGUGGGAUAACAACAUUUGAUUCAACGUUGAAUAAACGCCUUGCAAACUAAUUGGAAUUAAUGCUCAGUAAAUAGCCAGCUUUGCCCAACCUCCCUGCAAACUUUUUGCAAACAAAUCAGGUUGAAUGCUUAAUAAACAGGGUGUCUGAAAGCAACCUAGCUCUCCAUUACCCAGUUUCUAAAAUUUAACAGUAUUGUGUUAUAUUGAAGUCUUACAGGUUUGCACUGCACAAGUUUGUAGAAUGGUAUACCAAGUCUCACUUUCAGCACUGCCUGGUAUUGACAGCCAUGAGAAUAACAUGCUUUUAAAUUAGAACUUUAGCAACCCAGCAGAAAUUCUUGUUCAGCCCAUGAUGAAAUCCUUAAUAUCUUUUCUGCUCUCCAUUACCACUUUAGAACAAAUCUUACAUCUUGAACUUAAAAAAAAACCCCAAAAGCUUGGGCUCCCCAAGACCUCAUUGAAUCAGAAUUGUUGAGUUGGGAGCCACUUGUCUCCAGUAUAUGCGACAUCAUCUUAUUCCAGUGUCCUCAUCCUUUCGCCAAAUUUGUCCCCUGGGAUCAGAGUUCUCAAUAAGAGAGUUCAGAUUAACUAGGCUUCGCUACCUUGUCAGCCACACACUGUGAAAGGGGUUAAAAAAAAAAGUGAGUGUACAUCCCUGCAUAUGCUCAAAGCUGGAGAUGGACAAUGAAGGUGCCUGGAUGUCCCUCCAUCCUUGAUAGGUGCUCAGAGCAACCUUUGGACACAGACACAGAACAAGCCUUUUCCCUCUCUCCAAAGAGUGUGUGUGUGUUUUUCUGUUCUCUGCUCCAAACUUAGACCUAGAAAGAGGAGCAGUUUCUUUGACCUUGUGGUUGAUAUGAGAUGUAGUAUGUGAUUGUGGGCAACACCCUGGGCCUUGUGGGAAGGGUGCAUGUAUGUCUUGGUGCUGACAAAUUUGCAAGUAGGGCAAGCCAAAACUUGUUGAGCCCUGCAUUUGGUAACAGUGAGAAAGAAAGGGCCCUACCAAUGAGUUUCAAGAGAGCUGAAUGCCAGGGAGAGGGGACUCUUAAGACCAACCAGGAGUUCCCUUUGUGUGGAGGCGCUCUACAUUAGUGAUGGGUGGAAAGUAAAUUUGGAUCUACUAGUAGAUCUCUGGGUGGUAAGGAUUUAAGCAGAUUGGACAGGCCCACUCUUGCACUGCACAGCUAUGUCAGUAUGUGCAUAGGCCGGGCCUCUCCUCAUGGUUGCUGAAUUCUUUGGGAGCGGUGCAAUUGACUUGUUGCCCCCUCACACAUGCUUUCGAUACAAUGGGGGUUUGCCUGCAUCCCCCUAAUGUGAAAGGCAUCGCUGACAACUCUGGGAGGGACAGGCAAUCAUGGCAUAUGCAAACUUCUGUCUUAUAAGUGUCUUCAGUGGGAAAAGAGGUGUAAACUUUACGUCUUGUUGGAGAAAUACUAGGAAAGAUUUUUAAAAUGUAUUUUUGCUUCCCUGGGAUCUUGUUUUGGGGGACCUGAAACAUGUGCUGGACUUUUGUUUUACUGGUUGCUGUAUGUAGUUCAGCUAUGUGAAGUGUUCUAGAGCUGAUGAGGACAGGCGGCAUUGAACAAGUCUUGCUAAAGGCAGGGCAGAUAUACAGAGGCAGCCCACCUGCUGUCUUAAGUCUUUAGAUUAUGAAUUGUUAAAUGCCCCACUUGCCCUCAAAACUACUUGUAUAGAAGGCAAUUGUAGGGGGAGGAAAAGCUGAGAAUGCUUUGGCCCAAGGCCACACUCUGACUUCAUAGUUAAGCUGUGAUCUGAAGUAGUCAAGGCUCUAUCAACAAGACUAUGUUCAUGAGUCUUGCUCUUGUACCACAUCUCCAACUUCCAUUGUAAAUGCAUACAUUCCUAAAAUGGAAACCACAAAGAGAUUCUCUUUCUCUCUUUGGCCUGCAUUUAAUUAAUCAGGAAAAUGCAAGGUGGAAUAAGACAUUGAGAGUUUCUGGCUAACACUUACUGUGUUGAUAAUUGAUCAAAUUAUUUUGCCAUAAAAUACCUUUGCUAACAGGGAAAAAAGACAAGCUUCAGUUACAUUGUCAACUUACUGCACUGGCUAUAAUGAAUCUUAGACAAACUUGCCAGGAGUAUUACAUUUCUUUGUUUGAAAUGGAAGUAACAUAGUCAAACAAAGAAAAUAGUCCUUUUACAGUUAUUUUAAAUGCACAAAAAACAGUAUUUUAAUGCCUUUUAUCAACUUUUAAAAUGUUCUCCUCAAUUUCAUUUUCAGUAUAUAGUAUACCUGUACUGGGCCUUGGAUUUGUAUGUAACAAAUCUUUUCAUUAAAUUUAUCUCUAAGCUAAAAAUAUUUCUCUUAAGAGUUGUUAGUCUGUACCUGCUAGCAACAACAUGGGGAAGUUGUUCUAAUCUUCUUAACACUUACAUUUGUGUAUUCUAAGCUUGGAUUUCUUGUGAGGAUGUGCAUAAUCUUGUGCUUUACAUAUUAAGUUUUAUCCAAAACACUUUGUGCUUUUGUACAGAUUGGUGUCACUAUCUCCUUUCUUCCUAUGAAGCUAUUAGGGAGAACUCUCUGGUUCGUAAUCAAACUGGUAAAUAACCUCCUCUCAAUCUGAAGUAAUGUGGGUGACUAUGAGACAGAAUGUCUUCUUGUUUGCUCCUUGGCUAUAGGAUGCUCUCCAUUAAGAGGCUCACCUGGUGCCUAUUCUAAUGGGGGGGGGUGUCAGGCAAAAACUUUGUAUUCUCUCAGGUCAUUUAGCACCAUUUUCUGUUACCAACAUUUGUCAAAUUUCCUUCCACUGCAAUAAUAUUUCCAUCUGGGUAUGCUAAUGGCUGUUGCAGUGAACACAGUGUGAAGGGAAGAUGUCCAAUAGACAGGCACCAGGGAGUUGCAGUGUCUUGGGAUGAGUCACUGAGCAGUUGUGAAUAAAUACGUCCCAUUCAUGCAUCACUUGUUGAUUUCAGUAAAUACCGAUGUAUCUAGGCUGCGGAAUAAAAUGUGAAACUGCCAUUGUAAUACAUUGAAGGGUAGGAUAUAAAUACCCAUGGUAACUCUUAAACCAGAAGCAGUGGGCCUUUGGCCCUCCAGAUGUUGCUGGACUCUUCCCCCCAUUAAGUGUUUUGAUAACUUAGUUUAUUAAAUCACUAACAUGCUCAGACUGCUCAAGUGAUGGAAGAACAGUCAUACUGUAUUCCUGAAUGGUGAGAACAUUUUCAGAGUAGAUUGCUUCAUCCCUGCCAAAAAUGAUGGGAUUUGCUAUUUUGAUGGCUUGCUUUGGGGAUGUUAGCAGGUGUGGUGGGGAUGAUGCCAUUAGUAGGUAUAUGAUAAAUUGUCCCACUGUCUUGUGGUAAUGAUGCAUAGCGGUAAAGAGACUGAGGUAAUGCGUCUAGAAGGCCCCAAUAGAAAUCUCACUCUCCUUGGAGGUGGUGUUUGUCCAAUUAGAUGGGAUGGACUACAUCUCCCUGCUGGGUACCUUGGAAGUCAAAUGGAAUCCGUUCCGGAAGUACUUUCGACUUCCAAAACAUUCGAAAACCAAAGUGCGGCUUCUGAUUGGCUGCAGGAAACUCCUGCAGCCAAUCUGACACCGUGGAAGCCCUGUCAGACAUUCAGCUUCCAAAAAUAGUUCGUAAUCUGGAACAGUCACUUCCGGGUUUGCGGCGUUCCGGAGCCAAAACGUUCGAGAACUAGACUGUUCGACUUCUAAGGUACGACUGUACAUGCUUCCAUGUUGUGUGAAAUGUCCCAGAUUUAGGUUUCCAUGUUCAGCCACUGCAUCACAUACAUGGUCUGCUGUAACAGCACUAAGCUGUUGAGAUUCACAUACAUUUAAGCAGACUGUUACUGAAAACAGCACUCUUACAGACUUUGGCUGUAGGCAUAUUACUUGCAUUUUAUCUCACACUCCUGCAUUGUGGCUUCUGUUUAUGGUCUUUCUCAUGGGUAGGCAAACUAAGGCCCGGGGGCCGGAUGCGGCCCAUUCGCCUUCUAAAUCCGGCCCGUGGAUGGUCCGGGAAUCAGCAUGUUUUUACAUGAGUAGAAUGUGGUUUUUUUAUUUAAAAUGCAUCUCUGGGUUAUUUGUGGGGCAUAGGAAUUUGUUCAUUUCCAGCCCCCUGCUGAAAAAGUCUUUCUGAUUACUUCUUAUGGCCUUUAGAUUUACCAGUACCAGAUGGUACUGUUAAGAAGUUAGUAGAUGCAGUAGACCAGCCGGGGCAUGCAAAAGUGCAGUCAAGCACUAUGGCAGAUACUUCUGGUGAUGGCAUUCUCUUUCUACCUCCAGACUGGUCAUGUUACAUGACUCAUAACAGUGAUCUCUUUGCAGAGGGUGUUUUAUUUUGUCUAGUUCUUCACAAUAUGAAGGGAGGUUUAGAACUGUGGACCCUGUUUCCACUGCAGCCAUGAUUAACAAGGAUGAAUACUUACAAAUAUGCAUUUAAAAAAGCAGAACCCUAAAUUAUAUGUCUGGGUAGGCUUGCUAAAAAAAAAAAAAACCUUUUAGCAAGCAUCUCAAACAAUAUAUCAAGGGUACCUGCCUAGUAUUAAAUAUAUGGCACCUGUAAAAUACAAGUUCUGCAGAUCCCAACAUUACUUUUGUAUUGUAGUCCUCCUUCCUUGUAGCAGUGGAUAGCUUUUAGUUGCAUCAGAUCUUUAAGAGUCCAGUCCUUGGCUGCCUCAGUUCUGAAAAUAUAACUGGUACAGUGGUACCUCAGGUUAAGUACUUAAUUCGUUCCGGAGGUCUGUUCUUAACCUGAAGCACCACUUUAGCUAAUGGGGGCUCCUGCUGCCGCCGCGCUGCCAGAGCCCAAUUUCUGUUCUCAUCCUGAAGCAAAGUUCUUAACCCGAGGUACUAUUUCAGGGUUAGCGGAGUCUGUAACCUGAAGCGUAUGUAACCCGAGGUACCACUGUAUAUGCUUUUACUGUUUCCAAGCAAACUGUCACAAAACUCUGUCGUCACUAAUUUGACAGCCUUAUAUGUAAAUGCAUAUCCUAUGAGCUUUGCAUUCUAUAUAAUGAGCUGGAAAGCAAAUGUAAGCAGCCAAGUGUAUAUAAAAAAAGUAUCAUCUAUGAUACCCAACUUUUCUCUUGUAUUAAGCUGUGGGCUAACAGAUGUUGAAUGUUGAAUUCUUCUACGCUUAGAGUGGUUUAGUACAUACAGCAUUUUAAAGGAAAAAUUAAGUUUGUCCUACAAAUGCCAUUUAUCGGUGCAUACAUUAAGCUGUGAUCCUGUGCUUGUUUCCCUGGGAAUAAGCUCUCUUGAACACAGUAGCACUUCCUAUGCAAGUUUGCUGAGAAGCAUCAGUUUGCAUAACAGUUAAGUGUAUGUAAGUCGAACUUUCUGAAUAGUCCUUGUAUCUAAAUGUAUAUACAGUGGUACCUCGGGUUCCAAACACUUCGGGUUACAAACUCUGCUAACCCGGAAGUAGUGCCUCGGGUUGAAAACUUUGCCCCAGGAUGAGAACUGAAAUUGUGCGUCAGUGGCAGCGGGAGGCCCCAUUAGCGAAAGCGCGCCUCAGGCUAAGAACGGUUUCAGGUUAAGAACAGACCUCUGGAACGAAUUAAGUUCGUAACCCGAUGUACCACUGUAUUCAUGAAUUGGCUAGCUACUCCCUUAUUGGAAUUAACACCACUGUAUUAGAAGUGGAAAUCUGUCAUCAGAUCUCUCAACACUUCCUUUUUUAAAAAAGGAAAGGAAAGGAAAAUCAUCUGCUAGACCCCCAGAAUAAACUAGCAUGGCAAAGGGGAAUGUUUGUAACUGUCUUCCCCAUUCCCAGCUACUAUUUGCUCUAGAGGGAAAAACAUUAAGGUACCAUACAUAUGUGGUGUGUGUAUGUAUGUACACAGAAAGAGAACAAACAAGUGUGGUGUAGCAAUUGAAGUGUUGGACUAAGACCUGGAAGAUCAGGGUUCAAAUCCCCACUUGGCCAUGGAGCUCACUGAAUGACUUUGGGCCGGUCUGUGUCAAAUGUCUGAGGCUUACACUUACAUUUGCCUUACUUAGAUUUUCCCCCAGAUACUUCAAACCAUGAAGGCUAAAUUCAGACUUCACCCCCCUUUAAAAAAAUAGGUGUGUUAGAGGACUUUGAACUAGUUUUAUAUGUGAAUAUGUCCACAAAGCAGAAACAACUGGAAGAGUUGCGACUCAGUGGUAGAUCACAUGUUUUUCAUACAAAAGGUUGCAGGUUCAAUCCCAAGCAUGUUAAUUUUUUUUAUAUCUAAAAGCUGAAAGCCAUCCUUAUUCAGAGAAUAAUUCUCUUUGCUUGAUUCUGUUAUGCUGAGCAGGUUGUGUUUGUAUUACUGCAAUUGUUUUUGAAGUUGGGCUAAGCCAUGGGAGCAUGCUUCUACUUAUUUUGUAGCUAUUGUACAUUUUAGUUACUGAACCUCCUUAUGAAUGUUUAAAAAUCCUUAUUAAUUCAAAAAACAUUUCUUCACCCAGGUUCCUUCUUUGUGUGAAAUAUCUGAAAUCCAAAAAUGGCAGCAAAUAAGCCCAAAAGUCAAAAUUCUUUGGCUCUGCACAAAGUCAUCAUGGUAGGCAGUGGAGGUGUAGGAAAAUCUGCAUUAACGCUGCAGUUCAUGUAUGAUGAGGUAAGAGUGUGGCAAUCGUUUUUUUAAAGAAGUGUGUUCUCAGGCUGUAUAUGAACAGGGAGUCUCAUCACUACAUUUUAGUUCGUUUGGUAACUGCUUCAGCAAACCUGAGCAGACUAGUUCUUUCAGCUGGAAAGAUUUUUGUAUGGUUUAUGGCAGGGGUGUGGAACCUUUCUAACUCUAAUUGUUAUCUCCCCCACCCCUUGCAGGCCAGGUUUGACACAAUGUCAGGCGGCUCUUUUUUGCCCACUGUUUUAUGCAGUGCUUUGAAUUGGACUGCUGAAAAAUCAGCUGAUUGUCGGACUGAGCACUUCUUGCAAGUCAGAGAGGCAGAGUUAGAUUAAUAAAAGGUUGUAAAAUUUUGCCCUAGCUGCUGCUAUAUUUGUUUAAAGAGUCCAAGAGACUUGAUCAGCAAUAGUUUUUCAGUAUUCUUUUAUUUACAGCAGUUUAAUUUUUAACUUUUAAUUAAAAUGCUAUAUUUAUACAGUAUUUGUACCUAUAACUUACAAAUAACUAAAAAUAUAAAAGUCAUAUUGUAUUACAAAUUAAUACAGCCAAGGUAACAGUAUUGUUUAGCUUGAUUACAUAGAGUAUGAACACAAAAAAGCAAUAUUGAUUGUAGAUACUGAUUUUUCUACAUUAAUUCUUAACCAUCCUCUGUUAUGAAUUCAUAGUAUUGUGGAUUAUUUAAUUUCAACAAAGCUUCCAAAAUAACUAUUUUGCCAUUCUAUAGGUUCAUGCUGCUGCUUACGUUUAAUUCUCCACAGUUUAAUUGAUGACUAUUUAGGAUUGCCCAAUUAACAAAUAUUUGUCAGAAUUAAACUAGUCUUUCGUUUGAAGUUCCAUUCAUUUUUCUCAUUCCAACACUCCUCAUGUUAACUUUAUAGCAAAUUGAACCUCUGAUAGAACUUCAUGUUAUCUGCCUAAAUAUUACUGGAUAUUGCUGGUGUAGCAUAAUGGCUGCGUUUGCCUUAAGAGUUAGAAAGUUCCCUGAUUAUAUCUUGCCUCUGCCAUGAAUUCACCAGGUGGCCUUGGACAAGACACUCUCACAACCUCUGGUCUCUCCCCCACCCCCAGGGCGGUUCUGAGAAUUACCACUAGAUGAUGCAUGUGAAACACUGAACAUUUUAAAGUGCUGUAUAAAUGUUACCACUAUUUGGUCAAGGAAUGUUUCUUGGAAUCCCUGGUGGAAGUUACCAAAAUAAGACUGACUCUGUUUCAUUUCUUGCCAGUUUGUGGAAGACUAUGAGCCUACCAAAGCAGACAGCUACAGAAAAAAAGUAGUUCUAGAUGGGGAAGAAGUCCAGAUAGAUAUAUUGGAUACAGCAGGGCAGGAGGAUUAUGCUGCAAUUCGAGACAACUACUUCCGAAGUGGAGAGGGUUUCCUCUGUGUAUUCUCUAUUACAGAGCUUGAAUCUUUUGCUGCUACAGCCGACUUCAGGUAAUUGGAUGUGUAUGAGAGAAACUGGUUUGUUUUAGUGAAUUCAGCAUCUUAUUUUUACUGUGCUAAAUUGUAGCUUUGUUCCAUGCUUUUCUGGCCUAUAAUAUCGCUGCAGAAUAUAUGUGCAUGGUUAGAUAGUUAACAUCAGCCUAUAUUCUCCAUCGCUCUCCAUCGAUAACAUUGGAGAGUUUUAAGGAAUAAACACCUAAGAAACAAGGCCUUUGAUGGGGAUAAGAAACCACUAUUAUCAUGGCCACAGGGAUGGGAUGCAGCUAAAUUAGAAUAGAGGGAAAGAGGCCCUGAAUUAAGGAUACAGAUAAGGCAGACAGCAGAGGCAACAGUCCAAAGAAAAAGAACAACUUGCUGCAAGGUAAAAGUUGCUUCUUUAUGGCUACAUUCCAUACAUAUUUCCACAAUCGACAUUGUGCUAGUUCACAUAAAGCCCCCAGAAUCAGCAGACAGAGUCCUUACAUAGCCUUAGCAGCUUAAUAUUGCAUUUUUGUUCAUCGUAACUGUUGGGUGGCUGCUGUCUGCUGAGUAAUGCAGCUCUUAUAACACAGAUGCAUUUUCAAGGUCAAACAUGAGAAACAAAGGAGUUGGAGGUUACAGUUGGCUCAGUCAUUCUAGCCAAUUACUCAAUAACUCUUACACAAAUGUACUUUGUUUGUUCAAAAACAAUUAAAUCACCAGCAUAAAGUAUCUGCCUUGCAAUGGGAAUCAGGAGCUGCACUCCCAAGAUUGAUGUUUAUAAUACAGAUAUUGCAUCAUGGUGUAAGAGCUUCAUUAUUUAUUUUGAAAAAUGAAGCUUGCCUGAAAAAGAAGGCAUGGCACACCUGGUAUCUGAAUAAAUGUCAUAUAUAACCUAUUUUUAAUGACAAAACACUAUUGGGUUAUUUACUAUGUUGGAAAUUCUUGGUUCCUGUUGUGUCCAGCAUUAGCUGUUGACAUGGCUGGGAAUCUUUUUAAAGUUCUGAAGCCAUGAAAGAUACAAAUAUGUAGUGACUGCUGUAUCACUUCUGCUAUGCCAUAGAACAGGAUUGAAUCAGGGGUAGAACACACUUGAAUCAUCUUGUGGUUGUUUAACGUAUUUAAAAGAUUUAUAGUUUGUCUUUUAUUGAUGCUUGUACAAAGAGUGGGGUACCACAAAAUAAAUUACAUGAUUGAAUUUAUGUCUGAACAACAGUAAAACAAGGUGAGCCACAAUAAAUGAAAAAUUAAGGCAUGUGAAAACAGUAGAGGCUGCAACAAUCACAUGCUUAAACACUUAAAAUGCCUGAACAAAUAUGUGUUAACUUAGAAAGCCUAGUUUACCUUUGUAUGCUGUAUAAUUUUUAAAAGGUAGAAGGAAGCUUAAAAUGACUACUGGCCUUUCCAAUUGUUGAUUAACUCAUUGUGUGCCUACUUGGCAUUAAAAGGUUUUGUGUGCUAAACACUCAGUAAAUAUUCAGUGCCAAAUAUGGUGACUGUUCUCUUUACUGAAUUGGUCACAUGGGAGGAAGCAAGCUAGAGUCUGGCUUCAGGCGUUGCACAAACUACUGCUCACGGUUUGCUCAUGGUUUGUUUCAUUCCAAACAUUCCACAACCAAUAACUGAUAACUGAUAAGUCAAGGGUUAUUUGGAGAAAAAUCACAAGCCCAGGUUUCUGCAUCACAACAAGCCCAGAUGCUUGACUUGUUUCUUCCCUUCUGCAUCACAAUCAGGACUUGGGAAGGAGCAAGGUAAUCCAUACAUUAAAUCGUAGCUUAUUUUAAACUAUUUUGUGGUGUGCAUACUGGGCCACUGUAAACUGAAUCACAGUGAAUAAAAGUUUCUUUGCCACUGAACAUUGAGGAAGUGUUUGCUAGACAGCAUAUGAUGGACACAAUUGGUAUAGAUUGCCUCUUCUUUCUUAAGUGCAUGAGGCUGGGUCUUUAUUAUUGUUUCCUAAUCAAACUUCAGCAUUUAAUUUCUGUUAAUUCGAGACCACAGAUUCCACUGUAGGUUUGCCAAAAGUCCUCUUGAGUGGCAAGGAUUCUUUAAAAAUUAAUUUUCAAGAAAACGAACAUAGAAAAUAUAUGCUCCCCUAACAAAUGUCCCUGUCCCUUCCUCUCCAAGAUACAUAAUUUUUAUGGGAAAACAUUGUUCCAGAGUUGUACAGUGAGGGGGGAAAGUAUUUGAACCCCUGCUAAAUUUGCCCGUUUGCCCCCUGACGAAGAAAUGACCAAUCCAUAAUUUUAAUGGUAGGUUUAUUUGUAGCUGUGAGAGACAGAGUAACAACAGGAAAACCCCCAGAAUCCCAGAAGACAAAAGUCAGAGAUUGAUGUGUGUUACAAUGAGUGAAAUAAGUAUUUGAUCCCUUUGCAAAAGAUGACUUAGUACUUGGUGGCAAAACCCUUGUUGGCAAUUACAGAGGUCAGACGUUUCUUGUAGGUGGCCACCAGGUUUGCACAUAUCUCAGGAGGUAUUUUGUCCCACUCCUCUUUGCAGAUCCUCUCCAAGUCAGUAAGAUUUCAAGACUCAUGUGUAACUACUCAAACCUUCAGCUCCCUCCACAGAUUUUGGAUGGGAUUAAGGUCUGGAGACUGGCUAGGCCACUCCAAGACCUUAAUGUGCUUCUUCCUGAGCCACUCCUUUGUUGCCUUGUCUGCGUGUUAUGGGUCAUUGUCAUGCUGGAAUACCCAUCCUCGACCCCUUUUCAAUGCCCUGGUUGAGGGAAGGAGGAGCUCACCCAAGAUUUGACAAUACAUGGUCCCGUCGAUUGUCCCUUUGAUGCGGUGAAGGUGUCCUGUCCCCUUAGCAGAAAAACACCCCCAAAGCAUAAUAUGUCCCCCUCCAUGUUUGAUAGUGGGGAUGAUGUUCUUGGGGUCGUAGGCAGCAUUCCUCCUCCUCCAAACAUGGUGAGUUGAGUUGAUGGCAAAGAGCUCGAUUUUGGUCUCAUCUGACCGUAACACUUUCACCCAGUUCUCCUCUGGGUCAUUCAGAUGUGCAUUGGCAAACUGCAGACAGGCCUGUACAUGUGCUGUCUUGAGCAAGGGGACCUUGUGGGCUCUGCAAGAUCUCAGUCCUUCACGGUGUAGUGUGUUACCAACUGUUUUCAUAGUGACUAUGGUCCCAGCUGCCCUGAGAUCAUUGACAAGUUGGAUGAGAUCUUGCAUGGAGCCCCAGACCGAGGGAGGUUGGCAGUUCUUUUGUGUUUGUGAAUUAUUGCACCAGCUGUUGUUGCCUUCUCACCAAGCUGCUUGGCAAUAGUCUUGUAGCCCAGCCCAGCCUUGUGCAGGUGUACAAUCUUGUCCCUGACAUUCUUGGACAGCUCUUUGGUCUUGGUCAUGGUGGCUACUUUGGAAUCUGCUGGAUUGAUUGCUUCUGUCGACAGGUGUCUUUUGUACAGGUACUGUAACGAGCUGGGACUACAGGUAAGACCUCUCCCUUACAGCAGGUGCUUCUAAUCUCAGCUCGUUACAUACAGUGAAGAUACCAGGUAGCCUGACAUCUGGCUGGUUGAUAGGGGAUCAAAUACUUAUUUUACUCAUUAUAAUGCACAUCAAUCUCUGACUUCUGGGUUUCUGGGGGUUUUCCUGUUGUUAUUGUGUCUCUCACAGCUACAAUAAAACUACCAUUAAAAUUAUGGACUCGUCAUUUCUUCGUCAGAGGGCAAAUGGGCAAAUUUAGCAGGGGAUCAAAUACUUUCCCCCCUCACUGUAAGUAGUGGAUGCCACUGUAAAUGAUGUUCUGUUGAAUGUGCAAUAAAAGGAUAUCAUGUCACAAUGAAAUCGUCCCUGUCCCUUUUUCCAGCUAAUGCUUCGACUUCCUUAGUCAAUUUUUCUGAAAGUGCUAUAGACCAGGUUUUUUGCAAAUAUUCUAAAGACUUACAGUUGUGGGCAGUAAUUUGUUGAGCUGCUUUUCAGAAGGGAAAUGAUCAGUUCUUUGUAUCGUAGAUUGGCAUUUUCAUUCUUUUUUUUUUUAAUGAUAUUUAUUAAAAUUUCAAAGAAAAGAAAGAGAUUACAUUAAUAAGAAAAUUAACAAUAAAAAGGAAAAAUUAACAAUAAAAAGGAAAAAUACAAAAUACAAAAAAAGAAAAAACAGUUAAAAACAAUUCCAUCUUUUCAUCACUUCUCUUACAUUUACUUAUUUCCCGGACCUCCUCAUACCACCCUCUUUUGUAUUCCAAUUCAGUUUGUUAGUCCAGCAAUUCCUUUCCCUCCUUUUUAAUCCUAAUCUUUAAUCUUGAUAUAUUAUAACAUUAAAUUUUUACGUAUUAAAAACCAAUUUUUCCAUAUUCUUUUAUACCAUUACAGCUAGAAACCACUUAACUUCAAUCCGACAUCAUUCUAACAUUCAUUAAUUUUACAAUAUUUCUGUAAGUAGUCUUUAAAUUUCUUCCAAUCUUCUUCCACCGACUCUUCUCCCUGGUCUCGGAUUCUGCCAGUCAUUUCCGCCAAUUCCAUGUAGUCCAUCAUUUUCAUCUGCCAUUCCUCCAGUGUGGGUAGAUCUUGUGUCUUCCAAUGCUUUGCAAUAAGUAUUCUUGCUGCUGUUGUAGCAUACAUAAAUAAAUUUCUGUCCUUCUUUAACACCGAUUGGCCGACUAUGCCCAGGAGGAAGGCCUCUGGUUUCUUCAAGAAGCUAUAUUUAAAUACCUUUUUUAAUUCAUUGUAAAUCAUCUCCCAGAAAACCUUAAUCCUUGGGCACGUCCACCAAAGGUGAAAGAAUGUACCUUCAGUUUCUUUACAUUUCCAACAUUUGUUAUCGGGCAAAUGGUAGAUUUUUGCAAGCUUGACUGGGGUUAUGUACCACCUGUAUAUCAUUUUCAUAAUAUUCUCUCUUAAGGCAUUACAUGCCGUGAAUUUCAUACCUGUGGUCCACAACUGUUCCCAGUCAGCAAACAUUAUGUCAUGUCCAACAUCUUGUGCCCAUUUAAUCAUAGCAGAUUUCACCGUUUCAUCCUGAGUAUUCCAUUUCAACAGCAAGUUAUACAUCUUUGACAAAAUCUUAGUUUUGGGUUCUAACAAUUCUGUUUCUAAUUUUGAUUUUUCCACCUGGAAGCCGAUUUUCUUGUCCAAAUUGUAUGCCUCCAUUAUCUGAUAAUAAUGAAGCCAGUCUCGCACGUUGUUUUUAGUUUUUCAAAACUCUGCAGUUUCAAUCUAUCUCCAUCUUGUUCCAAAAUUUCCCAAUAUUUCAGCCAUUUGACCUCCAUAUUGAGCUUUUUCAGAGCUUUCGCUUCCAUCGGUGACAGCCACCUUGGUGUUUUAUUUUCCAAUAAAUCCUUAUAUCUUAUCCAGACAUUAAACAAUGCUUUCCUGACAAUAUGGUUUUUAAAUGCUUUAUGUGCUUUGACCUUAUCAUACCACAGAUAUGCAUGCCAUCCAAAUACAUUGUUAAAACCUUCUAGAUCCAAAAUGUCAGUGUUUUCAAGAAGCAGCCAUUCUUUCAACCAGCAAAAAGCUGCUGAUUCAUAAUAAAGUUUAAGGUCUGGCAGGGCAAAUCCACCUCUUUCCUUUGCAUCUGUUAAUAUUUUGAAUUUUAUUCUGGGCUUCUUGCCCUGCCAGACAAAUCUAGAAAUAUCUCUCUGCCACCUCUUGAAACAGUCCAUUUUGUCCACAAUUUGCAAUGUUUGAAACAAAAACAACAUUCUAGGCAAUACAUUCAUUUUAACCGCAGCAAUACGGCCCAGCAGUGAAAGCUUCAAGUUUGACCAAAUUUCUAAAUCUUUUUUCACUUCAGCCCAACAUUUUUCAUAGUUAUCUUUAAAUAAAUUCCCAAUUUUUGCUGUCAUGUUAAUCCCCAGGUAUUUAACUUUCUUAACCACUGUUAAACCUGUCUCAUUCUGAAACCUCUCUCUCUCCAUUGGUGUUAAAUUUUUCUCUAAAACCUUAGUUUUUAACUUAUUCAAUUUAAACCCUGCAACUUGACCAAAUUCUUGAAUCAGUUCUAAAACCCUUUUGGUACUAGAUUCUGGCUCCUGUAACGUCAGUACUAAGUCAUCUGCAAAUGCUCUCAAUUUGUACUGUUUGGCUCCGACCUGUAUACCUUUAACCAACUGGUCCCUUCUAAUCAUGUUCAGCAAAACCUCCAGGACCGAUAUAAAAAGCAGUGGGGAAAUUGGGCAACCUUGUCGUGUCCCUUUUUCUAUCUUAAAUUCUUCCGUCACCACAUUAUUUACAAUUAGUUUAGCCUUUUGUUCUGAAUAAAUUGCACUUAUACCGUUUUCAAAGCCUUGGCCUGCCCCCAUACCCUGUAAGUUCUUCUUCAUAAAACUCCAAGAAAUGUUGUCAAAAGCUUUCUCCGCGUCCACAAAUAUCAAAACUGCUUUAGUAUUUAUGUUCACUUCUAGUUUUUCCAAAAUAUCAAUUAUAUUCCUCAAAUUGUCAGACAAGUGUCUUCCCGGGAGAAAGCCCGCUUGGUCUUUAUGAAUCUCUUCCAUCAACACUUUUUUCAGUCUCUUAGCCAAAAUGUCUGCAAAAUUUUUAUAAUCCACAUUAAGUAAUGAUAUGGGACGGUAGUUCUUAAGCUGCGUCUUUUCAGUCUCUGUUUUCGGUACAAGUGUAAUAUAAGCUUCUUUCCACGACUCUGGUGCCCUUUUCCCCUCCAUUAUUUCAUUACAGACCUCUUUCAAAGGUUGUACUAGCCAUUCUUUCAAGGAUCUGUAAUAUCUAGAAGUCAGUCCAUCCGGUCCUGGAGAUUUACCCAAUUGCAUGUUUUGAAUGGCACCUUCUAUCUCCUGUUCAGUUAUUUUGUAGUUCAACAUUAGUUUAUUUUCUUGGGAGAUUUUUUGUAAUCCAUUUGUUUUCAAAAGUCGAUCUACAUCAAUUUCUUUCAAUGGCCCUUGUGUAUAUAGUUGUUUAAAGUACCUCUGGAAACAAUUUCUAAUCUCAGCUGGGUUCUGUAUAUUCCUUCCUUCCACUUCUAAAUUUGUAACUGUAUUUAAUUUUUGUCUUUUUUUCAAUUGCCAAGCCAACGAUUUCCCACAUUUAUUAGCCGACUCGAAUGUCUUUUGUCUCAUUUGUUUAAUUUUCCAUUCUAUCUCCUGAUUCAUCAUUUUCAUAUAUUGCACUUGAUAUAACUUUAUUUCUCUCAAAAUCUCUUGAGACUUUGGUUUUAUUCUCAAUCUUUUUCACUUUCCUUUAUUUUCUCCAAUAUUUUAUCCUUCUUCUCAUUUUGGAUUCUCCUCUUUAAUGCAUUCUGUUGUAUCAAGAACCCUCUCAUAACCGCUUUGCUUGCAUCCCAGAUUACUCUUUUUUCCACAUUGGUGCUCAUAUUUAUCUCAAAAUAGUCUCUCAAGGUUUUUUGGGCCUUCUUAAGCACUUCUUCAUCUCUAAAUAAGGUGUCGUUCAUCCUCCAUCUAAAGGAGCCAGUUGGUGCUAGUUUCAUUUCCAUCUUGACAGCAUUAUGGUCGGAGCAAGUUUUUGGGCAGAUUUCCACUUUUCUUGUCUUUGGUGCCAUUCCUCUAGUUACCCAUAUUUGGUCAAUUCUUGUCCAGAUUGGCAUUUUCAUUCUUAAAAAGGUUGGUAUGCAAAGUGGCAAGGAUUCUGGAUAUCCUUUAUCUAGCAUGAAAAGUCAUGUUGUAGGAACUGCCACAGGUGUGUUGGGAUAGAAGCUAGUCUGUUAAGCAGGCAGUUGUGACAUGACUGUCAGUUAGAUAUUUGGGGAGUAAUCAUGUUGAUAGUUUGAUUGUUUGAUAUCAAGGUUAAAUUAAUCCUAAGGUUAAUGUCAGUGGUAAAAUGUAAAGUCUGCUUCACUAUCACUUUAAAAUAUUUCCCUUUUUCUAUAAAAUACCUAAUUUAUGUAUUGUUUCUGCUUAAUAAUUCUGAAAGUAAAUAUCUUCAUUAAUCUUGAUAAUCCUCUAUAACGCUACUUGGUCAGUUUUUUUAUUGAUGUUAAACUGCUAAUUCUUGAGUUUGGCUUCUCUUGCAUUACCAUCUCAUCUUCAAAGUUAUCCUCUUAUAAAAUUUAUAACAGGCUCAUCUGUUAGUCCUCUUUAUGUGUGCCGUCAGUUAACAGUUUAUAGCUUCUUACUUGCUACUCCUUUUCUGACUGCUCUCCUGUGUAGGGCCUUUGCCAGUUGCAUAUUGUGAAUACCUAGCACCAAGUUGGUGAUAGCACAUGAUGGGUAACAGCAAAAACAUAUGUUUAUUUCACCAAGGUUGUAUUAAAGUAUAUCGGAGAAAUCAAAGAAGAUUAAACUGCAUGGGUCUUAAAAUGUGUUUUUUCUCUUCUCUUCAGAGAGCAGAUUUUAAGGGUAAAAGAAGAUGAGAAUGUUCCAUUUUUGCUAGUUGGUAACAAAUCGGAUUUGGAAGACAAAAGACAGGUUUCUGUAGAAGAAGCAAAAAACAGAGCUGAUCAGUGGAAUGUUAACUAUGUUGAAACGUCUGCUAAAACACGAGCUAAUGUCGACAAGGUAAAAGUUUACCGUUUCCCAAAUACAUCUUCAUAAACUUCUGAUUCCACUCGUUGCUUGUCAAGACUAAUUAUUAAUGUUACCCUGACUCUUUUGUGUAUUGCUCAUUCUUCUUGAAGAUGAAUGCUCUUAACAGGUAGCUGAACAGAAGACAUUCAAAUGGCUCACUAAGGAGUUUUGCUGGGGUUUGUUGGAGUGAAGGAAUGGGUUUCCCAAAACCCAAAACUGACUGUGCAGGCAGUUUUAAACUGCACCAAAAUCCCUAUUUUUCCUUAGCUAAAAUGCAUAAACUUUGAGCCGUUGAGCAAAUGCAUAACAAGAACACAGCUCUCUCCUUUAUCAGUUUGUGAUGUCAGCGAUGACCCUGGCUGGUCUAGGGGAACAGAGCAGACACGUCAGUGCCUUAUGUGCUGACCACAAAAGACGCACAGACCGAAAUCCAAGAACAACGCCAGAAGCGUGUUCCCGGAGAUGAUGACCUCUUCCUCCAAGAUAAGAGUAGGAAGAGGAAGAUCCUUUUAUGGUCAGGAGUGCAGGAAGGAAAUCCCUUUUAUGGUUAAGAGUGCCGGAGCAGGAACAUCUGUGAUGUCAGCCUGCGUGUACAAGCUGACGUGGCAGGGGAAGGGGGAGAGGGUGUCUGGAGGAUAUAUAUACUGCAUGAAACUUUUCGUUUCUUUGGACUUGCUGUGGACUUGAUCACGCAAGUGCCUUCUGCUAUCCGGAGAGCAGAAUAAACUCUUUCUUUGAACCAACCUCGGUGUCAUUUGACUUCCUUCCUCCUGUCCCGGAGCAACGCAGACCCAAUCGGUGAACUCAAAUAAGGCUACAGGAGUUCAAGCAGUGGGCUUGAACAUUCCCUCUUGUAUGCUCAGCUGUAGAGAACAUUUCCUGGUUUUUCAAAUUCCCAUUUCCUAUGAUGCCUCGGUUGCUGCCUGUAAAUCAGGGUUGCAAUCCAUAGUUUUAAGUCCAGUUUGCAAGUAAGUAUUUCCAGUUCAGACAUCAUGAGAAACUGCAACUUAACAAACCAGAAGCCUUAUCGCAAUCUGGUGUGAGCAGUGAUGGAGCUUCAGGCGGGGGUGUGGCAUGCUGCCUGCGGGGGCGUGGCAGCCAGCGUGGGCAGGGUGACAGUUGCAAUGGCACCCCACCGGGAUCGCGCUGCAGGGGCGGUGCCCUCCCCCACCCCCCUCUUCCUCCACCAGUGGGUGUGAGACAAAGUGGGGUUGGGGUGAGAUGGAGUGUUGAUGCUCAUUCUCUAACAGACUAUGGCCUGAACCUGCUUCCAUUUGUUCUGAGUGGGAUUAAUUCCAGUCUAAGGAAAGUAGUUGCUGGCGACUGUGUUGCCCCUGUAAAGGGUGAAGGAUGGGUUCUGACUUACAUUGUUGAAGGAGAUAUGAGCUAUAAUGCUUAUAGGUAAACUGGGGUUUAACAGCAUAUGAGCUACCGUGUGUGUGUCUGUGUGUGUGUGUUUAAGUUCUUUCAUACUCUUCUUUUAAAGAAUUUGAUUAUAUACCCUAGGCAGAAAAUGCUAGCGUCAGUGUCUUAAUCUCUUUCAAAUGAGAUGGAAGGCAGUGGUGUAAUUUAAUCAACUCAUGUUUUAAUGAUCUGGUACAAAGGUGAAAACUUCUUAAAUCUUUUGUUUUUUUAAAAAAUGACAACAAUAAGAACCCUAUAGUUCUUAAAACUUAUUCUUCACUAGUUCUAAGUACUAGCUCUUGCCUUGCAGAAAAUCUGCUUGGCAAAAGGUUAAGGGGCUUAGUGGUUUAAUAUGCAAACCUCUCCUUUCUGACCUAUAUACAAACAUGACUGCAUAACAGGAAAGUCCUUUUUAAAAACUCAGAUGUUAGAAAUUGGGUCACUAAAUGUAAGUUGGCUUGUUUGCUCUGAGCAAUAUGGUACUGAAUCGUUAUUGACUCACUAGAAUAUGAUGGACAGCUGUUUCCUAGAAGUUUUCUUGGCUUCUAAUUUGAGCAACUGGUUCUGUAGCACUCAGGAAUAUUUUCAUGCAUUAAGGGUCGGUGGCAGGCUAGUUUGCAUUUAAGCAAGAUCAUCCUUACUUCCAUAGUUGGGUCACAUGCAACAUUGAUUUACCAGUUUCUGGCAUGUGACUUCAUAUCCGCUUUAUGAUUUUAGCAAGCUAUGCUUAGCAUGGCUACUUACAUUAUUAACAGCAGGCCUGAAUAGAUAUAUUUUUGUUUUCUUUCUACUUUCUAUAGAAUUCUGUUAAAGAAAAAUAUGAAAACAGUUUUAACCCUACAAUACAUUACCACUCGUAGCUGAAAAGGAAUGAAGCAGAACCUCUUGGUUUACUUAAAAGCUUAAAAAUGCAGACUUUGAUUAAUGUAGCACAUGUUUGCACACAUGUACUAACAGUUGUAUUUUUCUUUCUAGGUAUUUUUUGAUUUAAUGCGAGAAAUCAGAGCAAGAAAGAUGGAAGACAGCAAAGAAAAGAAUGGAAAAAAGAAAAGGAAAAGCCUAGCCAAGAGAAUCAGAGAAAGAUGUUGCAUUUUAUAAUCAAAGUUCCAAACUCUCAUCAUCCCUUGAUCAUACUAAUAAAAUCCAUAACUUAUAGCAUGCCAUUUGGAGGCUCCUAUGACUGAAAUUACUCUUAACAGUGUGGAAAUUGUAAUGUACCACUUAAAGCAUGAAUUGGGACAGCACUGAAAGUCUUUCACUGAAAAAGUUUAAUGUGGCUUCAAGAGAAGCAGAAUUGAACCCAUUUCAUAACUUGCUGCCUCUCACCAUGGUUCUUCUGAAUGUAGAGGGUUUUUUUUCAUGGGCAGUCCGUCUUGAACUGUAAACAAAGCAUUACUUUCUAUCAUUUCUCCUAAAGCAUACAGUUUUCUAUCACCCAAACUUCACUUUGUCUUCUACUGCCUUGGAAACUACAGCAGUGGUCAAAACUAAGCAAAGGUAGUGUAUAUAUGCUUUUUUUUUUUGCAGUUAUAAGAAUAUGCAAAUUAGAGAAGAGAAACUAGCUCUGUUCUCUGCUAUUGGAAGUCAUUUAUACAUGGAAUUAGCUUAGACAAAUGGUUAUAAACUCAUGAGUAUAUUUGAAUAUGCCUUAAUUAAAAAAAAAAAUUAAAAAAAGUUAACGUAGUUAAGGGUGUAUCUUCCUUGUGAUGCACUGAGGUGUGUGCAUCACUGUGGAAGUAUAUCCUUCAGUGUGGAGUGCAGUUUUUGUGAGCAAUUUUGCUAACUAGCUGUGUGCUAGCAGUAUCUCUGAUCAGAAAAGUGUGCCAUACUCUGGGUCUUUAAUAAGCCAGAGCAUACUAUUAACCUGUGAUUCAAUGAAGAUUGCUUUUGCUUACAGUGGAAGGGCCGUCAUAGACAUCUGAGAUUGAAUAUAAAAAGAGGGUGGAGCACAUUUCAGUCAGAAGUGGUCACGUAUUUCUUAAUGCACAGACAUUGACACUGCCCUUUGGCAACUACUUAAUUUGGGGAAGGUAUCUUCCUAGGGUUGGGGCACAGUGCGGAACAAAUAGUUGCUGGUAGUUGUGUACUUAGAGCACAAAUUGAUCUUGCUCUUAGGGCUGUCUGGAAAAUAUAAAUUUUCCAUUUUUCUGUGUUGCUCCUGUCUAAGGCUUUGGAAAUGUUAGCUAUGCAUUACCUAAUGGGAAAGCGUUAUAGCUACUUUUUCUGAUAUCAGUCAAAUACCCCACUCUACUUUGCAGUAUGGAAAUAUUGGCCAUGUGCUUCCAUAGUCCCUCAUUGAUACACUAAAAUGUAUUGCCCUUUACUGUUCUGCUUUUUAAAAUAUAAUUAGUACAUUUAGUAUGUGGAAUUGAAAGAUAAAGCACUAUCGGAGGCUUUUAAGUUUCUUGGGUGUAGGUGUAAAGGUUAGAUCAGUUACAAAAAACACUUUUUUAUAUACAUGUGUGAAUUUAUGAAAAGACAGUUCAAGAUGUGUCUGAGCAAACUAGACAACACAUAUUUAACAUGCUAACCAGUAGACAUUAGGAAUGUGGCUGUUUAGAGAACACUUGUUUAUCAAAACUUUUUGUAUGUACAUUCUCCUGUAGACGCUACCAUGUGCAGAAUUAGUUCUUGAUGUGCCUGGCCAAGCAGAUUGGUCCUCAUCUUAUUGUGUAUUUGUUUUCAGUCUGUCUAACCAGGGAGUUUAACCACUAACAUUGAUGUUUGUGUAAUGGGAACCAAGGUGUUAUGAAGCCAAUGGACACAGAGAAACUAUUGUCAUAGGCUGAUGCCUUACCAGAUUCUUUUUAUUUGCUAUUUGAGCCAUUGACUAUGAAUAAACUUUCAUUUUUAAAAAAAUAUUUUGUGGAAUGCUAAUUACAAAACUUUCAUUUCAGAUGAGUGACUUUACCAUUGCUUCUGUUAAGUUUUUCCUGUACAGUGGUACCUUAGUUGUCAAAUGCCUUAGUCGUCAAACAAAUUGGCUCCUGAACGUCGCAAACCCAAAAGUGAGUGUUCUGGUUUGCAAACAUUCUUUGGAAGCUGAGCAUCCAGUGCAGCUUACAUGGCUUCUGAUUGCCUGCAGGAAGUUCCUGCAACCAAUCGGAAGCCGCGCCUUGGUUUGCGAACCAUUCUGGGAGUCGAACAGUCUCCCGGAACAGAUUAAAUUUGAAAACCAAGGUACCACUGUAUAUAAAUUGGAUUUCCUAACUUGUUAAAGUCCAGGAAUCUGCACAACAGAGAUUAUAUUGCUGAUGCUUCACAAAUGGAAGUCUGCAUUGAAAGUGUGAUUGUUGGGCAAAUUAGUAAUCACAGAGCUGUGUGAAAGUAACCUAUUACUAAUCUGAUGCACUGUAGAACUUUGUGCCCUGCACUCUUCUAUGGCCAUUUCCCACUUUCCCUACUCCCAUCUCAGUUCUUGCCAAAACAGCGCGAUAAUCCAAAUAUUGCACUUGGAACAAAUGGCAUAUUAAUACAAAUAUGUCCUGACUCCUCUUCUCUGAAACAUGCUCCAGCUUUGGUUGAAAAGGGCUAGAGCUGCCUUUGCAGAGUGAGGCAGCUGCCUCAGGUAGCAGAUAGUGAGAGAUAGGGACUAAACAAAACUACAGUGGUACCUCGGGAUGCGAACGGGAUCCGUUCCGGAGCCCCAUUCACAUCCCAAAGCGAAUGUAACCCGUGUCUGCGCGUGUGUGGGUCACGUUUUAGCACUUCUGCGCAUGCGCGUGACGUCAUUUUGACGGUCUGCACAUGUGCACGCAUUGAAACCUGGAAGUAACGUGAUCCUUUGGUUACAGACGCUUCAGGCUACAGACUCCGCUAACCCAGAAAUAGUCCCUUGGGUUAAGAACUUUGCUUCAGGAUGAACAGAAAUCACGUGGUGGCGGCGCAGCAGCAAUGGGAGGCCCCACCAGCUAAAGUGGUACCUCAGGUUAAGAACAGUUUCAGGUUAAGAACGGGCCUCCAGAACAAAUUAACUUCUUAACCCGAGGUACCACUGUAUGUGCACCACGCAGCCUGCCACCUUGCUGCCCUUGGGUGCAGUGAAUAAUGUUGUUCUGUUGCCGGUGUAAGAAUCCAUUCUGUUGACUUUACUGUAGUCAUUUAAAUUUGGGUUCUUCACUAAACGAAAAAACAUUCUCACUGCUGAGUUAGUGUAUGAAUUGUGUUUGAUUGGAUAACACAGGGAGCACCUCUUGUUUCUUCAACUGCAAGCACACAUGAUAACAUUUUAUCAAAACAUGGUUGGAGCACACCUGGACCUGUGUCCAAAGUUUCACAUGCCCAGGGAGGUUUGGAGUUGUUUCUCAAACAGCAUCAAACACGACAAACUAAUUUUGAAAUAGAUGUGAAUUAAACAUGGUAUUGGACUCUGCUGUUCAAAGGAGAAACAACAUGCACAGUGGAAUUUGACCAAAGUUGCUUUUGGAAAUUAUAAAAGCCAACAAAGAACUUACACUUACAAAUAAAUUGAGGCAAUUAUAAUAUGGGUAUUAUUAUUAUUAUUAUUAUUAUUAUUUUAUUAUACCACCCUUCUUCUGUAGAUCUCAGAUAAGAACACAAAAUACAUAUUAAAAUACAUAAUAAAACAAAAAACAAUAACCCACCCCUUCUGUUCAUCCAGCAUGUACCGUAUUUUUUGCUCUAUAAGACUCACUUUUUCCCUCCUAAAAAGUAAGGGGAAAUGCGUGUGCGUCUUAUGGAGCGAAUGCAGUCUGCGCAGCUAUCCCAGAAGCCAGAACAGCAAGAGGGAUUGCUGUUCUGGCUUCUGAGAUUCAGAAUAUUUUGUUGUUGUUGUUUUCCUCCUCCAAAAACUAGGUGUGUCUUGUGGUCUGGUGCGUCUUAUAGAGCGAAAAAUACGGUAAUUAAUCUUCAUCACUAUAACCAUAUCUAUUCCCAUUUCAUUGUAACAUAAAUGUGUCUCAAGUGGCUUUGAAAUCUAUUCCAUCCUUGUUUUCAUUGUCCUUGACAGAUGAAUACUAAUUACUGCAUGGUCGCCUGGCAUGUAGAUGUGCUUGCCCUUUCUUCUGCCAUAUGUGAAGUGUCACCUGUUCACUCCUUUAGGCAUCUUAUGUGAAGGCAUAUCUUUUUGGCCAGGUUUUUCUUGAGCCAUCAAAUUGGGCCUUGUUAUUAGUAUUUGUUUAACCUUUUCCUAUACUUUUCAUGAUACUGUUUCAUUAUUUUUGUAAACUAUUUAUACAUUUUUAAAUAUUAAGGGUUAUAGAAGGG